UUUUGGGAUUUGGGCACACUCCCGUUCAAGGUUUGAAAUUGAACGGCUCAGCGGGAAAAGCACGGAGGAGAAACCCUAGCAAUGGCGGACGAUGACAAGAACAAGAAGCCCCUCAGCCUCAACGAUCGCUUGCUCUUUGGCCUUUCUCACUCUCGUCAAGAUGAUCGCGCCCACAAGGUCAAGAUUGAGGGCCGCCGUCGCCUAUGCAAGCUCUCUUCUGCCUCUGAUGACACGAUUGCUGACGAGAAAUUGUUUGAUUCGCCUCCGAGGAAGCAUUCCGGGGAUGGUGGAGAGAGCAUCCGGGAUAUCCUUGAUGAUCUCAGCUCCCGGCUUGAAACACUCUCUGUGGAGAAACACCACCAUAAACCCUUGCGCCGUGAUGCUGAGCCAUCCUUUUGCCUCUCUGGUUUCGAUGAUGAUGAUGAUGUUGAGGAGGUUGAGAAGAGGGAGGAUAACAAGGGUAAGGCUGUGAAAGCUCCUGCCUUUGAUGGUGAUGUCGAGGAGGAUUGUGUGGCUUUUGAUGAGGAUGAUGGGCAAAAUGAAGAGUCUUUCUGUGAUGGGGAUGGUGAUAGGGAUGAUGUGAGGUUGGAUGGGAUGAGGAUUUGCAAGGCACAGACAUAUGUGCUGCCUGGUAAGAUUGCCAAGAGGCUCUAUCCACACCAGAGGGAUGGGUUAGUGUGGUUGUGGUCACUGCAUUGUGGUGGAACGGGAGGGAUUUUGGGUGAUGAUAUGGGGCUGGGGAAGACAAUGCAGGUUUCUGCUUACUUGGCGGGACUUUUUCACUCCGAGUUGAUUAAUAGGGCCUUGAUUGUAGCUCCAAAAACACUUAUUGCGCAUUGGAUGAAAGAGCUAACAGUUGUGGGGCUCGCAGAGAAGAUUAGAGAUUACUCUGGAGCUUCUCAAAAACUGCGAGAAUAUGAGCUUCAACACAUACUUAAGGAAGGGGGCGUACUUCUCACUACGUAUGAUAUUGUGCGGAACAACUACAAAUCUAUAAGGGCUGAUUGGUAUGCUCAUGAGGAAAGUGAUGAAGGCAUUUUGUGGGAUUAUACAAUACUUGAUGAGGGACAUAUUAUUAAGAAUCCAAACACCCAGAGGGCCAAAAGCUUACUUGAGGUACCUAGUCCUCAUCGCAUUGUUAUUAGUGGGACACCAAUACAAAAUAAUUUGAAGGAAUUAUGGGCUUUGUUCAAUUUCUGUUGUCCAGAAAUUUUGGGGGACAAGAAUGAGUUUAAAAUCAGAUAUGAACUUCCAAUUCUUCGUGGUAACGAUAAAAAUGCUUCUGAUAGGGAAAAACAUGUUGGCUCCACUGUUGCAAAGGAGUUAAGAAACCGUAUAAAGCCUCACUUUCUUCGCCGUUUGAAGACGGAGGUGUUUCCUGAAGAUGAUACAGCCAAAGGUGCCAAGCUUUCCAAAAAGAAUGAGAUUAUUGUUUGGUUAAAACUGACAUCUUGUCAGAGGCAACUGUAUGAAGCUUUCUUGAAAAGUGAGAUGGUUCAUUCAUCAAUUAGUGGGUCACCAUUAGCUGCAUUAACGAUAUUAAAGAAAAUAUGUGACCAUCCAUUGCUUCUGACAAAAAAAGGUGCUGAAGGUAUACUUGAGGGAAUGGACUCGAUGUUAAACCGUGAAGAACUUGGUAUGGUGGAAGAGAUGGCCACAAGCUUAGCAAAUAUGAAUGACAAUAAAGCUCUGCAAUUGGACCACAAUGUGUCAUGCAAAAUAAAUUUUAUAUUGUCCUUGCUGAAAAACUUGGUUGAAGAGGGACAUACCAUGCUUAUCUUUUCUCAAACUCGUAAAAUGUUAAAUUUGAUUCAGGAAGCAAUAAUAUUGGAGGGUUACAAGUUUAUAAGAAUUGAUGGCACCACAAAAGUUUCUGAAAGAGAGAGGAUUGUGAAGGAUUUCCAAGAAGGGCUUGGGGCUCCUAUUUUUCUUUUGACAUCUCAGGUUGGUGGACUUGGCCUGACACUUACAAAAGCAGAUCGUGUCAUUGUUGUGGAUCCUGCUUGGAACCCAAGCAUGGACAAUCAAAGUGUUGAUCGGGCAUACAGAAUUGGGCAACUUAAGGAUGUUAUUGUGUAUAGACUGAUGACCUGUGGCACCAUUGAAGAAAAGAUAUACAAAAUGCAGGUCUUCAAGGGUAGUUUGUUUAAGACUGCAACUGAGCACAAAGAACAGACUCGAUAUUUUAGCCAGAAGGAUAUUCGAGAGCUGUUCAGUCUUCCAGAACAAGGAUUUGAUGUUUCACUUACUCAACAACAGUUAAAUGAGGAGCAUGAUCGGCAACACAUAAUGGACGAAACUUUCACGAACCAUUUAAAGUUUCUUCAGAGGCAAGGUAUUGCUGGAGUUAGCCAUCAUAGCCUGCUAUUUUCAAAAGCGGCAACCACACCUUUCGUUCAGGAGAACUUGGAAGUAGAAAGUAAGCCUAGAAAUCGAGUUGUAAGGUCGUCUUCCCGAGCUUAUGUUGAACCUGACAUCAAGGGUGCGCAAUAUGCAUUUAAUCCUAAAGAUGAGAGAUCUUUCUCGAGACCAAACUUUACUGCUUCACUGAAUGAAGGCAGAGAUAGUCCAGAGCUAAUUGAGGAGCGAAUCAAGCGCUUGUCACAAACUUUAGGCAAUAAGGCAUUAGUUUUGAAACUACCAGAUCGGGGAGAUAAAAUACGAAAACAGAUGUCUGAAUUAAACCUGCAACUCAUAAAAAUUAGAGACUCUCCACCCGUCCAUGAUACAGAGAAGACGCAAACGGUCGAAGUAAUUGAUUUAGAUAGUCUUUCUGAAGAUCUUCAGAGAGUGGUAUCUGUUUGAAUUGCUGAUACAAUUUGCAUUCCCCUCCAGUCCACAUCUUCAAAGUCAUCUUUGUGAUGUCUUGGACUAAUUGUUGUAUGUUACUAUUAUAUUAGUGAAUGGCUUGUUUUUCAUCACGCUA